AUGUCUUUCCUCCUCCGCACAUCUACCCUGGUACGCCAGAGGCUCUUCACCACCUCAACACGUGCUCGCAGUGCUAUCUCCAUGGAAGAUGCCGCCGCAGCACAGAUGACAUCCACCCCUGGUGCGAGUGUCGUCCCAAGGCUCGGAAAGGUAGCACGAUGGUAUCUCCCGACCAUGGCGGCGGUAGCCAUUGGUAUGAUCUACCUUCCCAAGACCGCAUCACAGCCUCGCCGACCCCUUACGCUCGGUGAUGCUAAUGCCAACAUAGGCUUUGGCGUGACCAAUGCACUCAACGAGGCCAACCGCAAAGUACACUCUGCGCUUGAGCUUACUCAGGAACAAAAGAACCAGAUGCUCAUGGACUCUUACGGCGAGCGCUCAAGCUUGGAGGACAUGGAGCGGGCGAUUGCUGGACUCGAGGCCAAGAUGACCACCCAGAAGGACAGGAACAGGAUUUUGGAAGAGGCAUAUGGCGACAAGGCCAGCCUUGAGGACCUCCAGAGGGCCAUGGAGCUGUACGAGGUGCAGUGA